CCCACACCCGAAUGGAAAAAAAAAGAGAAUCUUAUACUUUCCGAAGUAUUAUCACCAUAAAAAUCUACAUAGAAAAAUAAAACAACAUAACAACGACAUCAUUCUUUCAUUAUUAUAUCAAAAAACCUAACCCACUUUCAUUAUUGUUCCCACUGCAAACCAAUUUGCUUCCUUGAAUGGCAAGUCUUUUCUCUUCACCUCUCACCUCACGUUCUCUCUCUCUUCUCAUCAACCUCUUCUUCAUCUUCCUCAUCUAUCUCCAUUUCUCUUCACCAAAUCCUCCUCACUCUGGAUCCAUCAAACACCUGAACUCUCUCGCCGGCGGUGACAGCUGCAGCGAAGGACUCGCCGCCCUUGACGACCACCGUUCAAAGUGUUCUUACAUUAGCUCUCAAGAAAAAUGUGGCCAACAGGGUUACAUAGACUAUCUCAAGAUAUUCUUCUGCGUGUUCGGAGAAUCCCCUGUUUUGGGCCAUCUAGUUUUAUCCAUCUGGUUAUUUGUUCUGUUCUACUUGCUCGGAGACACGGCCGCGAGUUACUUCUGUCCUUCUUUGGACAGCUUGUCUAAGGUCUUGAAGCUGUCUCCCACCAUGGCUGGAGUUACGCUUCUCUCUCUCGGAAACGGUGCGCCGGAUUUGUUCUCGAGCGUUGUCUCUUUCACGAGGUCGAAUAAUGGUGACUUUGGGCUCAACUCUAUUUUAGGCGGUGCGUUCUUCGUCUCUAGCUUCGUUGUCGGGACGAUUUGUUUGUUGAUUGGGUCUAGAGAUGUCUCUAUCGACAAGUACAGCUUUAUCCGCGAUGUAGUGUUUCUUCUGGUCGCUCUUUGUUGUCUCGGUCUGAUCGUUUUCGUCGGCAGAGUAACCAUUUGGGUCGCGCUUUGUUACAUCUCCAUCUAUCUCCUCUAUGUAGGGUUCUUAUCCGCUUCGCAUUUCUUGGAUCGCAAGAAACCUUUAUCUGAUCAGAUUCUUCGUACCAAAGAGGAUUUAGCCGAGAUGGGCGUCCCAUUCCUUGGCUAUAUCGAUGAGGAGAAGCCCUUACCGCCUCUAAAAGUUGUUCAAGAAUCAAGAACUCAAGAACAAGAAUUCAAGAUUGUGAUUCUUGAUUUGCCACCAAAGCAGCCGUCUUGCUUCUCGGUGCUAGUGAGCAUCGUAGGACUACCUCUAUAUCUCCCCCGUCGGCUCACCAUCCCCGUUGUCAGUGAAGAAAAAUGGUCAAGGCCUUGCGCGGUUGUUUCCACAGCCAUCGCACCUGUUCUACUAACCGAACUUUAUUGUUCUCAUUACAGCGGAUCCAAAAGAAGCCCAACACUGUACAUAAUCUCUGGUAUAAUCGGAUUAUUCUUUUGUAUCAUAGCCUACUUGACGACGGAAAAGUCUCGGCCACCAAAAAAAUUCUCAUUGGUUUGGCUUCUAGGCGGCUUCACAAUGAGUGUGACAUGGACAUACAUCAUAGCACAAGAGCUAGUCUCAUUGUUAAUAUCUUUAGGGAAUAUCUUUGGUAUUAGUCCUUCCGUGUUAGGACUAACCGUCCUCGCUUGGGGCAAUUCUCUAGGCGAUUUAAUAGCCAACGUGACCGUGGCGGUUCAUGGAGGCAAGGACGGUGCGCAGAUAGCACUUUCCGGGUGCUAUGCGGGUCCGCUAUUCAACACGGUGAUUGGACUAGGCGUGCCACUUGUCAUAACUUCUUUGGCUGAAUAUCCCGGGGUCUAUAUCAUCCCAAGUGACAAUUCGUUGCUUGAGACACUAGGGUUCUUAAUGGUAGGCUUGCUUUGGGCACUUGUGAUAAUGCCAAAGAAGAAGAUGAGGCUUGAUCGGCUUGUCGGUGGAGGGUUACUAGCUAUUUACCUAUGUUUCUUGUUCUUGAGAUUGGCUAGGGUUUUCGGAGUGCUUGAUAUCGACCGGUGAAGUUUAAAGUCUUUGUGAAUUUUGUAAUAGUUGAUUGUUAAAGAAGAAAUUUGCAAAUA